AUCUGUAUCGGAACUUAACGUGGCCAUCUCAAACUAACCUCUGUGAUCUGUGGUUAACCUUAUUCCUGCAGUUGUUUUGAACAAGAAGAUUAUCAAAUAAAAAUGCUCAAAAACUCAUUGAGAUUUGGAAGAACAGUAUUGGCUAACUCUCCGGUAAAGUUGCACUCUUCUGCUACAUUCAGCGAAAAAUGGGACUUGCUUACAGCGGUUUUAAUUGAAAGAAAACCAGUGACUUCCCCCGAGUUGACCGGCAUCGAAAAGGAUUUUAAGGAAUACUUAAGCGCAGUGGAAUUCGAGAGAAGCCUUAAAAAUGAUACGGAGAUUAAUCUUGAAAAAGAACGCGCCAUCACAACACAGAAAAAGGAAAUUGAAGACUUGGAUUUGAAAAGCACGCGAACAACUCAAGAUUUUAUUGACGCCUGUAAAGAGGAGUUUGCUAAAUUUAAACCAGCCGAAAAAACGACUGCGGCAGACCAGACAAACGAAGUGAAGUCGUUGCAGCGGAAACUAAGCAAACAUUUGAUUUUCGUACAAAACCAGAAAAUUGGAGACCAAAGUUUCUAUAUUUUACCUCAAGGGAUAAGGGAAGACGGUGAAACGUUGCGACAAUGCGCUGAACGAGUACUGCAAGAGAAAUGCGGCGAUCAAGUCAAAGCUCAAAUAUUUGGGAAUGCCCCCUGCGGAUUUUACAAAUACAAAUACCCGAAGGCUGUGAGAAGUGAAACCAGUGUUGGUGCAAAAGUAUUUAUCUAUUUUGCCAGAUAUGCUUCCGGACAAAUUGCAGGGAGCGAGAGCGACUUUAAAUGGCUGGACAAAUCGGAGCUGAAAGAAGUGUUGCCUGCGUCCUACAGCCGAAGCGUUUUGCCCCUUUUACUAGAUUAGUAGAUAACCACAGUAUAUUUUAAAGCAAACUCGCAAGCUUUUAAAAAUGUUUAGUUAUCGCGGAUAAUUUCUUGUUGGGUGACGAAAUAAAACCAACAAAAACUUUUAAA